AUGAUUCAUCAGCCAUGGAUUAUCGUUCUAUGCUAUUUAAACAUUUUUCCGGGUGCAUGCCAAACUGCUUCUGAUAAAGGUUAUUGUAACCUACCAAACAGUUUUUCAAUAGAUUGUUGCACAGGGUUUUACCUAAGCGAAAAUAAAUGCAAAGAAUGUGAGCCAGGCUUCAUUGGUAAGAACUGCUCCUUAACCUGUCAAAUAGGAUACUUUGGACUUCAAUGCAAAGAACUUUGUAACUGCUCCCCGGAUAAUUAUUGUGAUCCAAGAAGAGGGUGUGUGUGUAACACAACCAGUGUUAACUGUACAGAUCCAGCUGCUGCUGAUAGUAUAGCAACUCUAAAAGUCGUCCCUUUACUGAUAACCGCCAUCACCUGUCUAGUUCUCGGCACAAUCUGCAUCAGAAUGCGGUAUUCAGAAAUGAUGAAGAGAAAGAAAGAUCUAUUUUCCAUGCAAAAUGUGGCCAACUUUACGGUCAGAAACCAUCCUUCAGAAACAGAAGAGGAAAAUCCGCACGAAGAUAUUUACGACCAUGUAAACCUUAAAGUGCAGUAUUCCAACCACUCUAUCUGUAACACAGGCAGUACGGUAGAUACAGGGGACUCGAGUCUCGGAUUGACUAGUGCAGUCCUUUUACAGCCGUACGAAAGUGUAAAAGGUAUUCAGAACAAAUGGCGUCUACACGACGAGCAGUUUGGUGAAAGUACUGUGGACGAACCUGAUGUAGAAACUGUUGACAACAAGACAACAGAUAGAAAAGCAGAUAUAUAUUCAACACCAUGCAAAUUCAUUACAACGAAACCAAUACAUCGCUAUUCAGAACAAAGACAACAAAGAAAUAACAAUGAACCUGUGACAUUUGAAUAUCCAAACUCGAUUAUUGAUGCAAUCGUUCACGACCCAGAAUCACAAACAAAACCAAGUUCCCCUCUAAAGUGGACACAAGAUGAAGAAAUAUAUACAAACAAUGACAUUUUAGCUCAUACUAACAACUCUUUAAGACUAAAUAGCCCAAUGGAAAGCGAUGAGUCUGAAGAAUACUUUGAUGUCAGUUAUGAAGGACAGCAAACGACGUAGUUACACAAAAAUGAAAAGCUUGACCUUGUUUGUCAAAACCUGGUCCCAAAACGUUAAGUUAGAUCAACUGUCCUGCAAGAAUUUUUUU